UAUAUGAACUACCUCUUCCAUAGUCUACACACACUUAUGCCAACUUAUCAUAGCCUCGCUUAUUCUCUGGCUUCAUCUACAGGGUAUUACAAUUGAAUAUCGCUUACAUAGGCCCCUGCUGCACAGCCGCCGCUCGCCAGCUCGUGGUCAUGGCCUUGAUCUCAGUGGCUCGCGCGAUGGCCUCUUGGCCGCCUGAUGCGGCCAACAUGUGAUAAGAAACUGUUUGGCUUAGCUCUGGAGUGUGCUGCCUGCGUACGAUGCUGUCCGCCGAGCUGAGCCUUGCUACAAUUAAGCCAAAUUGACGCCUCUGUCGGGGCAGUUGCCGUUAACGAUGACAGCGAUGCAAGUGGACAGCCAGCUCGUUAUAGAACAACUCAGCCCAGAGGGCGAAAGCCGGUGCCUAGAACCCAAGCGAGAACUAGAACCUGACAGAACCUGUAGAGGCGAACGGGCGGUUUUGGUAUAAAAGGACCUGACGGCAGCUAGCCUAAUGCAGUAAGAACUUCAAAGUUCUAGACGCAGCUUCAACUUACAUUUCAGCAUGCAAUUCCUGGUGCUCUCUCUGGUGGCCUCCAGCUUGGCGCUGGCCCAGGGCCUGGCCGUCUACUCCAGCUACCCGUUGGUGUACACGGCUCAGGGCAGCGCCGUCGUAACUCCUACGCAGCAGCAGUAUCAAACGCAAGACGUACUGGGUCAGUAUGCCUACGGCUAUGCCGAGCCGCACUCCAGCAAGCAGGAGUUCCGCAGCAUCGAUGGCAUCACUCGCGGCAGCUACAGCUACCGCGAUGCAGCUGGCAAGCUGCAGACCGUGGACUACAGGGCCGACGACCAGGGCUUCCAUGUGGCUGCCACGAACUUGCCGCAGCAGUUUCGUGCGGUCAGCUCGUCAGGCGGAGACAUUUCCGCUGCAACUGCCGCCGCCGCUGCCAACAAUCGUGCUGACGCCGUCGAAGUUGCCGCCGCAACUACUCGCCAUCUGGCGGCUCAUGAGGCGGCUCGACUGCAUCUGGCGCAGGCUCAACAGUCAGGCGGAGCUCAGUCAGUCGGCCACUCAGGUGUGGGCCUGCCUCUUCCCGUCGCCGACACAGCCGAGGUAGCCGCCGCCAAGUCGAUCCAUCUCAAACGCGUCGCCUCCGAGGCUCUACGCAACGAACUGAUCAGCGGUCGAUCCGUGCCCAGCACCAGCUCCCAUGUCAUUCUGCCCGUGCACUCAAUCUACAGCAUUCCGCGCUAUUACAGCUCCGGUUUCUAUUACACCCUCAAUAUUGGUUAUUUGAUGCGUCUGCCUCUGCCUCUGCCUCUACCACUCUCUCUGGCUCUACCUAUGAAUCUGCUUCUGCCUCUACCGCUGUCAAAGCAAACAAAGAUGCAGCCACUGAACUUGAGCUUUUAUCUCUGCCUGCUGCUUGCACCACUGCGCGCUGCUUUGGGUGGCUCACUGCUGGACUAUGGCGCACCACCGGCAGCCGGCACCAUCACCCAGUACCACAGCCAGGAUGAGCACGGUCAGUAUGCCUACGGCUACACGGCUCCACUCUACUCCAAGCACGAGACACGCACCGCAGAUGGUGUCACGCACGGCUCCUACAGCUAUGUGGAUGCCCGUGGAGAGCGCCAGACGGUGGGCUACACGGCGGAUGCGGCCGGCUUUCGCAUCACCUCGAGCAGCCUGCAGCAGCAGCCAAACAAGGAGACGCCAGAGGUUGCCCAGCUGCGCGCCCAGCAUCUGGCUGCCCAUGCAGAGGCCAAGCUGCGUUUGGCUGGCGGCUCAUCUUUGUCACCUGUACAGGAUACACCAGAGGUGGCGGCCGCCAAGGUGGCCUUCUUCAAGCGGUUCGAGGCGGAGAAGCUGCGCCAUCAGCUAACCAAGCCAGUCAUCAAAGCAGCCAUUCAGCCCAGCUACAACAUCAUCUCCCAGCCCCUGUACGUCUAUCGGCCAGCCAGUGGCUACGUUUACAAGUACAACUCCCUGCUGAAGGCUGCACCACCCACACGUGCAUAUCUGCCAGUGGCUUAAGCUUCCCAAAUUUGUCAUUCCAUGAACGCAUUUGUUUUGGUUUCUGUUAAUAAAUAUUGA